GCGCGCCAUCCCCGCCGCCGCCGCCGCCGCCAUGUCGCCGCUCGCCCGCUCGCUACUCGCUCUCACCGCGCUCUUCGUGGCCGUUGACGCACAUGUCUGGGAUCCGCCGCACGGACACGAACAGGGCUGUGCUGGAUUCAACAUGGCGGUUAUUGUAGCCACCGAGCCCCAAGAGCAAGUUAAAUUCGACAUAACAGUCCCUACUAGUGAAAGCAUUCACGACAUUCCCGACAAUUGCGCCAAGAUCGGGGGCGUAGUUCAAUUCCAGAGUGUGGAAGUAUGCAACGCUUACAGAGGCCUGACAUCAUCAGCUAGAAAAGCGCCUAAAGUCACUUAUUUGGGAGAUGACACCUUAUCACCAAUAUACGCGUCUUGCGAAGGCGCUGCCGAGUGCGGGCCUCUCGUUAUUCAUGUUAACCAGGCAUGCAACCCCAGGCCUCUCUUUUCACAUGUUUGAUCAUACUACUCAUCCACAGGCUACCUUAACUAUGCUAGAUGGAGCACAUAAAAUAAUUGAGGUCACCAUACAUAACCGCUACAGUAUUAAUAUGGGAGUGCGUGCGUGC